AUGAUGAUAGCAAUAGUGAGUGGAAUUGAGGCUAUAGAGCAGAGACUCUUGUUCAAAGGAAAGGAAAGAGAAGACAAAGAAUACUUACACAUGAUUGGUGUUGGAGAUGGAGACAAAGUCUUUUUAUUACAAGAUCCUUCUUUUAAGGAACAAAAACUUCUUCAUCUCCCAAUAACUGUCUGA